CAAUGGCUCUGCUGGCGCGGAUACUCAAAGCCCGUCUGCGCCCGGCGCCCGAGCGGGGCCCUUGGCAGCCUCGGCCCACGGACGCCAGGCUCCCGGCGAGGGCGCGGGCCGAGGACAAAGGAGCCGGGCGGUCGGGGGCGCCGCGGGCCGGGGGCCGGACAGGGGGGCCCCGGAGCCUCGCCGCCAUGCCGGGGCCCCGGACCCUCGCCAACCUGGUGGAGUUCUUCUGGAAGGACGGCUUCAGCCGCAUCCACGAGAUCCAGCAGAAACACACACGGGAAUAUGGAAAAAUCUUCAAGUCUCACUUUGGUCCUCAGUUUGUAGUAUCUGUUGCAGACCGAGACCUGGUGGCUCAGGUGCUCCGGGCAGAGGGGGCUGCACCCCAGAGAGCCAACAUGGGGUCCUGGCAGGAGUACCGAGACUUACGGGGCAGAUCCACCGGGCUCAUCUCCGCGGAGGGUGAACAGUGGCUCAAGAUGAGAAGUGUGUUGAGACAAAGAAUUCUGAAACCGAAAGAUGUGGCCAUUUUUGCAGGAGAAAUCAACCAAGUUAUUGCUGAUUUAAUUAAAAGAAUCUACUUCCUCAAGAGCCAGGCAGAAGAUGGGGAGACUGUGACCAACAUCAAUGACCUUUUCUUCAAAUAUUCAAUGGAAGGAGUGGCCACCAUUCUUUACGAGAGUCGUCUGGGCUGCCUGGAGAACAGCGUCCCACAGGCGACGAUGGACUACAUCGAGGCCCUGGGGCUCAUGUUCUGCACGUUCAAGACGUCCAUGUACGCCGGUGCCAUCCCUAGGUGGCUCCGCCCGCUCAUCCCCAAACCCUGGCGGGAAUUCUGCAGGUCCUGGGAUGGACUCUUCAAAUUCAGCCAAAUCCACGUUGACAACAAGCUGAGGGACAUACAGUGCCAAAUGGACCGAGGGGAGAGAGCGAGAGGGGGCCUGCUCACGUACCUCUUCCUCAGCCAGGAGCUGACACGGGAGGAAAUCUACGCCAACCUGACCGAGAUGCUGCUGGCCGGCGUGGACACGACAUCGUUCACGUUGUCCUGGGCAGUGUAUCUCCUCGCGAGGCACCCGGAAGUGCAGCAGACCGUGUACCGGGAGAUAGUGAGGAAUUUGGGGGAAAGGCAUGUUCCCACGGCUGCAGACGUCCCCAAAGUCCCACUGGUCCGAGCUCUGCUUAAGGAAACCUUGAGGCUGUUUCCAGUGCUGCCGGGGAAUGGCCGGGUCACCCAGGAAGAUCUGGUUGUUGGCGGGUAUCUGAUUCCCAGAGGCACCCAGCUGGCCCUCUGCCACUAUGCCACCUCCUACGAGGAUGAGAACUUCCCUCGGGCCAAGGAGUUCCGGCCUGAGCGCUGGCUGCGGCCAGGAAACCUGCGCAGGGUUGACAAUUUCGGGUCCAUCCCCUUCGGCUACGGGGCUCGAAGCUGCAUCGGGCGGAGGAUUGCAGAACUGGAGAUCCACCUCCUCGUAAUCCAGUUGCUUCAACGUUUUGAGAUCAAAAUAUCUCCUUGGACUAAAACUGUUCAUGCAAAAACCCAUGGGCUUCUGAUGCCAGGGGAGCCCAUCCACGUGCGUUUUGUUAACAGAAAGUGAGCCUGGCGUUUUCACCCAGCUGCCAGACUGACACACACCAGGUGUUCGUGGGCCACAGAUGAUGGUGGGGGAGAAAAGGAUCCCUUCUGGGGGCUGUCUUGGUUAUAAAUUGGCCUCCUGGUUUCUGGGAGACUGAAAUCUUUAUGCAAAGUAAUGUGAGAAGAUUGCUUUACUUUUGCAUACCAGAGUUGCGUUUUUUUGGAGAAACAGCUGUUGUGAAGCCAGUGGCACUGAAUUCUCAUGCCUCAUAUGGUAUCUUACCCUUGGACUCACUAUUCACUUACCAUAGUCUCCUCUGCAUGUGGGCCAGGAAAUGUUGGCGUACACAUAGAUUCAGGGCUUGAAUAUACCUUCUCUAAUACUGCAUCCGGGACUGCCCAUUAGGAUACAAUUCCAACUUCUUGUUUUUAAUUUGAAGAGGAAACAUUAAGAGACCUCUGUAGA